GGACACGUUCAGUACACACAGCAGGCAGGCGCACCGCGAGCGGAACGGUCUCAGCGCGCACAGCCGGCCCGUCCUGAAAGAAGUAAGUCCUCACUCCUCAAAAGUUUGGAAAAGAGGACGUUGGGAAAGUUUCUUCUUUCCCCCCCCCCCUCAGCUCAUAAGGAAGAAGAGAAGGAGGGAGGAAAAGUUUUCUCUUUUUGUGAGAGACCUCUGUAGUUACACCGUUUUUUUUUUAUGUAUACCAAGAUGGAAACUACUUUCUAUGACGACUCACUGCACGCUUUCUCCCAGCACGACGCGGCCGCUUACGGAUACCCCAAAGCGCUGAAACACAACAUGACACUGAACCUGGCGGACCCGGCGGGCAGCCUGAAGCCGCACCUCCGCGCCAAGGCCGCGGACAUCCUCACCUCGCCGGACGUGGGGCUGCUGAAGUUGGCGUCGCCGGAGCUGGAGAGGCUCAUCAUUCAGUCCAGCAACGGACUCAUCACCACCACGCCGACCCCGACCCAGUUCCUGUGUCCGAAGAACGUGACGGACGAGCAGGAGGGUUUCGCCGAGGGCUUUGUCCGCGCGCUGGCGGAGCUCCACCACCAGCACAUGCCGCCCGCAAGCGGCGUGAGCGCCGCUCCGCGCCGCCAGAGCAGCGCCGCCCUGCCGCCCGUCUCCUCCGCGGCCGCGGCGUACAGCGGCAGUGCCGAGUCGCCCGUUUACGAGGACUUGAACACUUUCAACCCGAGCACCGUGUCCGCGCCGAGUUACACCUCCUCCUCGGGUCCGACCUUCUCCGCGCCUCCUCCUCCUCCACCGCCGCAGCUUCCCAUCUACGGCCAGCCGUCCUCUUCCGCGCCGCUACCGCGACUCACCGCGCUCAAAGAGGAGCCGCAAACCGUGCCGGAGAUGCCCGGCGAGACGCCUCCCCUCUCCCCCAUCGACAUGGAGAGCCAGGAGCGCAUUAAAGCCGAGAGGAAGCGCAUGAGGAACCGCAUCGCCGCUUCCAAGUGCCGAAAGAGGAAGCUGGAGCGGAUCUCGAGGCUGGAAGAAAAAGUGAAAACCCGGAAGUCAAACUCGGAGCUGGCGUCCACCGCCAACAUGCUGCGUGCACAGGUGGCGCAGCUGAAGCAGAAAGUGAUGAACCACGUCAACAGCGGCUGUCAGCUCAUGCUCACACAGCAGCUCCAAACUUUCCUGAAGCGGAGUGCUGCGGUGGAGGAGAGGGGAAAAAAGGACUCAGAUCGACCGAAGUGAGAGGCUUAUCUCCCGGGAAAAGUGGACGGGAUUCGGGCUGGUGCGGCGCGGCGCUUGGAACGGCGGAGCAUGCGUCCGCACUGCUUCCUGGCGCGUCCCGCAGAGGAGACAGGGACCCAGUCCAUGAGCCAGAGGGGACACGGCAA